CCGUAUCCGGUGCCACUCACUCACUCACGCACUUCUUCACUUCUUGACUUCUUCACUUCUUUCACGCACUGCAGUCACACACACACAGCCCAUUGCAACAUGGCAGACGCCCGUCUUCCGAUGCCCUCGGCAGCAGAGCACUCGAAUACUGGCUCCACGGGGAGCCUGAGUCCUAAUGCCGGCUCUCUCUUGGCCAUGUUGCCCGAGGAGCUGCUGAUCAACAUCAGCAUCAAGCUGCAGUCCGACGACAUCUUCGCCCUCCGCCAGACAUGUCGUGCCAUCGAGACCAAGAGCUUGCACGAAUUCGCAAACGAGUUCUUUACCGAAAAGUGCUUCAUGUACACCACCGAGUCGCUGAAAGUGCUCGUCAACAUCGCCAACAGCGAGAAACUCCGCGGCUACCUCCGCCACAUCUAUCUCAUCACUGCGCUCGUCAAGGAGCGACCAAAGCACUGUCCCCAUCACUGCCUCGGGCAUUGCUGGCAUCCCAAUGUGCGGCAGCAGGAGGCCUUCACGCUUUAUCUGCGCGACCAGCAAGCUCUUAGGCAGAACAAGGCUGCCAAACCUUUUCUCGUUGAUGCCUUUAGCAAGUUGCCACGCCUGACAGGACUCUCCCUGGUUGACAAUACACUAGAAGUGCCGCUGAGUGCCGAAGUCCGCGGGCUUAGCAAGUUUCAACGCACCACGGGAACCAUUCCUCAUUAUGCUCCUCCAGAGUCCGCUACACCGCCAGCGCUGUUGGAGCACUUUGAUUGGCAGUCACACUGCUGGAGAAGUUUGAUGGUGGCUGUUGCGGAGAGUGGUAUCAAGACACUGAAGAAAGUAGAGACCAAGAUGCGAUCUCACCUGCACGGCAUAUCACCCAUAGACGACCUGAAAUUCAAGUCAAGCACAAUGGGCAAGCUCCAGGAUGCCUUCGCUGAGCUCGAAACCUUUUCCGUUCAAUUCCGGAGCUAUGCCAUGCGCAAGAAUCGUUCUGAUGGUAACAGCUCGAUGACUCGUGCACGCAAAGGCCUUGCUGAGUUUACUCCUAUUCUGUCCCACGUCACAGACUUUAGCGUAAGCUUUGAUUUAGCAGACCAGAACAGCAGCAUGUGCAAAACGUUGACGAGCGCAUUGGACCUCUCGAAGCUCAAAAAGAUGAAGCUCGACAGCACCGCUAUAGAUGGCAAGGUCCUCGGCACCAUACUUGCGGGCUUGACGUCAGUCGAGAUGCUGACACUCCAUGCAAUCGACCUCACGUCCGGAAAUUGGGUGACCAUGCUCAAGAUCCUCAAGCAGCUGCCGCACCUACAGCAUUUACACCUGGUCUAUCUGCAGCAGUCACGGCAGAAAGUCUAUUUCCUGAAGCAGCUGGACGAGGAACAGUCUGCAAAUGAGUCGGCCUGGGAGCCAAUGCCAGAUGACAUGCCAGAUGAUAUGGAAGAUGACGACGACGACGACUGGAGUGAGGAUUAUGGCAGCGAUGACGAUGAAGAGCUGCCUGAUCUGAUUCCACAAGAGACUUCCCUGCCGGACUCGAUCCACAUGGCGUCUGCAGAAGAACAGUCUGCCUCAGGUGUAGAAUCAGAAGCGACCAAAAAGUGCGCCAUGUAUGAAGACAAGGACUACAAGGCACCCGGACAAGAGCGUCUGCCUGAGCGAGGAUACUUCAUUUGUUUACCUUCGCGUGACGAGAUUGAGAAGCAGCUGCCUUUAUUCAUUGAAGAGUGCAAUGUCGGGCAGGACAUUAUGGAGGACGAGAUAGCGGGACUCGGUGGGCUCAACGGACUGUUAGCUGCGCUUGGUGGACCAGUGGGAGGUCCAGGCGGUAUCGUGCUCCCAGUUCCCAUGGGAGCGCCUCCGCCAGCAGGUCAGAUGCAGCCGCCACCGCCUGCACCACCCGUUAACAACCCCCCACCAAAUGCAAAUGGUCCUGGUGGGCAGGCAGGUGGAAUCACUAUCGCAGCAGCUCUCAACCAUCUUUUUACUGGUGGUGGACAGCCGGGACAUGGCCACAUGCAGUUUACUAUCCCAAUGCUGAACACUCCGAAUCACCAAGGCGCUGGUGUACCACCGACGGCUGGAGUAGAAGAGCAAGCAGUUCCUGGCGCAACCAAUGUGCAGGCUGCGAAUGCCAAUGUAGCAGCAUCAGGACCAGACACAGACGCAGCCUCUGCAUCAUUCAGUGGAGCGGCACAUCAAGACGACGCAGACGAUGAAAACGAUGCUGCCAAUGAUUUGGACUGAGCCCCAGCGCGAUUGGUCUACGUCAAGGAUCCAGAAUGCGCGUGAUGCAAUAGCUCUGCUUAUGCUGCUGAAUCCGACCCGAGCUCUAGCCAGAAAACUAGCUAACACGCUGACUUCAUCUCGCAUCAGCU